UAAGAGCUUAAUUAACUGCGUUGGAAGUUUAAAUUUGACGAAGUUGAGUUGAAUGUUGUAAUGAGCGGAUAAUAAACAAACAACCGACCGACCAAGAUUAAUGGUAGGUAACUUGGCGUUUUCAACCUUAGAAGCCGCCAAGACGGUGUCGUCCUGUUUGUCAUCAUGGCCUCCCGUGCUGUCCCGUCUUUGAUCUCUUUUCUUUGGUUCACAAAAGCUGAAGAUUCCUCAAACCCCUCUGUCCCAUAAACUCACAACAUAUCUCACUGAUAAUUCCACUCAUCUUUUCUGAUCAUCUUCUUCGACACGAUCCCUUAAAAUUCGACACAAAUUCUCUUAAGGUUUCAUUCCAAUUCAAAUCAUGAACAUCCACUCUCUAUUCUGUGUCUCUGCCUUCUUUGUAACACUCCAAAUGCGCUUUUUCUUUUCAUUAGCAGGACCAUUGCUAGUAUCUAAAUCAAAUGCGACUAAUGUUCUAGUCUUGCCACUGAAAACCCAAGAAAUUCAAUCACCUCCAAGCAAGCUGCCCUUCACUCACAAUGUCACUCUCACAGUUUCGCUGGCUGUAGGCACGCCGCCGCAGAAUGUUACCAUGGUCCUGGACACAGGCAGUGAGCUAUCCUGGCUGCAAUGCAACACUACCCAAAGGGACAGACCCGUUUUCGACCCUACCAGAUCAUUGUCUUACACUCCCAUCGCUUGCUCUUCGCCUACGUGCACGACCCAAACCCAAGAUUUCUCCAUACCCGCUUCAUGCGAUUCCAAGAAUCUCUGCCAUGCCAUCCUCUCGUAUGCUGACGCCUCAUCUUCGGAAGGAAAUUUGGCUAUGGAUAAUUUUACCUUUUCGGGUUCACACUUUCCGGGCACGAUAUUUGGGUGCAUGGAUUCGGGUUUUAGUAGCAAUUCGGAUGAGGAUUCUAAGACUACCGGGUUGAUGGGAAUGAACCGAGGGUCUCUUUCUUUUGUUUCUCAAAUGGGGUUCAAGAAAUUCUCUUACUGCAUAUCGGGUUCGGACUUUUCGGGUAUUUUGCUGUUUGGCGACUCGAAUUUUACGUGGCUUUUGCCCUUGAAUUACACCCCUUUGAUCCAAAUUUCCACCCCUUUGCCUUACUUUGAUAGGGUAGCCUACACUGUCCAACUUGAGGGCAUUAAGGUCUCGCAAAAGUUGUUGCAACUACCGAAGUCCAUAUUCGAACCCGAUCACACUGGGGCGGGUCAAACCAUGGUUGACUCCGGCACCCAGUUUACCUUCCUUCUCGGGCCGGCUUACACUGCAUUGAGGAAUGAGUUUAUAAACCAAACAGCGAGUGUUUUACGGGUCCUGGAAGAUCCAAAUUUCGUGUUCCAAGGGGCGUUUGACUUGUGUUUUCUGAUACCCAUAAACUCGUCGGGAUUACCCGAAUUGCCACCAGUGAGUUUAGUAUUCCGGGGCGCCGAGAUAACAGUAUCCGGAGAACGGUUGCUGUACCGGGUUCCAGAUGAGAUAAGGGGAAAUGAUUCAGUGCAUUGCUUCACAUUUGGGAACUCCGACCUGUUGGCCAUCGAAGCAUACAUUAUAGGGCAUCACCAUCAACAGAACAUUUGGAUGGAGUUUGAUCUUGAAAAAUCAAGGAUAGGAGUUGCUAAAGUGCGAUGCGAUCUGGCAGGGCAAAGAUUUGGUAUUUAUCACUAAAGUCACGUGCAACGGACUCACAGCGCUCGCCGGCGGUCGGAGAUAUAAGUACCAAGGGAAGCAAGGGAAGAUGAUUGUCCUUCCGGUUUCCCUCUCUAUUGUUUUUGUAUGACUACAAUUUUUUGGAUCUGCCCCGUUUGUGUACAUUGCCUUUAUUAGUUGGUGUGGAU